GCGAUAACCGACACUGCCGGUCGGGCGCACAGAGAGGGAGAGAGAGACUGAGACCCUCCAGUUGCGACUCAGAUGCCGUCGUGUGAAGAAGUGUGCGUUCGCUCCAGAGCGGCGCGGCCCGGUGCAAGUUGUUUGUUGAUGGUCUGGUAGUGCUUGUCGUGGACGCGGGUGAGCCGCUGAAGUGCCGUACUGAGUCGUUACCGCCACCACUGUCCGCGCAUCGCGCCAGCCGGUAGUUCGCGUGUGUCGUCUGUUGUGGAUAACCUAACCUCACCAUGUGUAUUGGAUACCCGGCGCCGGCAACCUCAUUUGGAUAACAUUUUGGAUUACCAGCACGCCUCAUUUGGAUUAAUCCGUCAUGGCCGUCGAGAUGGCCAAGAAGGCGCCGGCCAAGCCCCGGUUCAGCACCCUGAACGAGCACCUCGUGUGCACGCUGUGCAAGGGCUACCUCGUGGACGCCACCACCAUCGUGGAGUGCCUCCACUCGUUCUGCCGGAGCUGCAUCGUCCAGUACGUCCAGGCCAAACACUCCUGCCCCCGCUGCGAGGCCCAGCUGGACUCGGGCGACAGGCUCAAGAGCCUCAAGCCCGACAAAACUCUCCAAGACAUCAUCUUCAAGCUAGUGCCAAACUUGUUCCAUAAUGAAAUGCAGAGGAGGAGAGUCUACUACGACGCCCACCCUCAGUAUGCUGACCAGACGACUCCUGAGCAGCGGGGGGACUGCCUGGAAAGGUUCUACUCGCCCGACGACAGCAUCAGCGUAUCGCUCGAGUACCACGACAGGAGGAAAUCCUCGGGAAAAAACAGCUCGGCCGACCAGAAGAACCUGCCACCAAAGAGAUACCUAAAGUGUCCUGCCUUGUUCACCGUAGGAUUACUAAAGAAGUUCCUUAGACUCAAAUUUGAUCUCCCUCAUAAUAUAAUGAUUGACAUUUUUCAGCGAAGGGAAAGUCUAGCAGACGAGUACACGCUCCUAGACAUCGCCUACAUUUACCCGUGGAAAAGAAGCGAGCCCAUGCAGUUCUUCUACCGCAUCCGAGACCCGCGGGUGCCGGAGAGCGACGAGGAGAUCGAGCGGGAGAUGCCCUCGCUGUCGGCGGCCGUGAGCGGCCGCGCAACGCGAGCAUCGAGGAGGGCGUCGUCGUCGGCGUCCUCGCUGGCCAGCCCCAUGGCAAGUCCGCGCGCCAGCCCCGUGCCCUACGGCAAGAGGCCCAAGGCGGGCAUGGCCGCGGACGACAAGGACGACUCCCCGCCGCCCGCCAAGCUGACGACGCAGCCGCCCAGCGGCGCGGUGCUGCCCAAGCCCAAGCCGGCCGCGGUCGUGCUCGCUCCUGCGCCAGCUGCUGCGUCCCCUGCAGCGGCCCCUGCUGCGCCCGCUGCUGCGCCUCCUCCUGCACCUGCGCAAUCACCGGCUCCCACCCCAGCGUCACCGCCCAAGGUGACGAGCCCCACCGGCACAGGGCCCAAGAUCACCCUCACCAUCUCGCCGUCACGCGGCACUGUCACCUCGACAACCACCGAGCUGCCCAAGCACGACCCACCCGCCGCCAAGAAGAACAUCGCGGCGGCCGCGACCACUCCAGCCCCCGCCAAGAACGGCGGCGGCAGCCCCGCCGCGUCGAAGGCGCCGACGUUCGCCGCGACAGUCACCAUGAAGACGGCCAACGGGGGCUUCGUCACCGUCAAGAACCCCAUCGCUCGGAACGGAGUGACGGUCGGCAACAAGAACACCCCCACCAACGGCACGCCGACCGGCAAAACACCCGUGGCCGCGUCAAAGACGACCAGCCACACGCCCAUCGCGCCCAAGCCGGCCCAGCCCGCGCCCAAGAGGCUGCCGACACUCGCGCCCAAGGUGGACACAACGCCGCAGGGGGGCGCACCGGCCAAGCCCAUGGCGCAGGCCCCGCCUCCGCCCAAGCAGGCGAGCAAGUCGGCGGACAAGAAAGUCAACAAACAGCCGUCGGUGACGGACAGAAAGACACCCACCAACAACUCACCGACGGUGGUGGACAAAAAGACUCCCGCCAACAACACACCGUCUGUGGCGGAGAAGAAGGGGCCCGUCAACAAUCUGACCCCGGUGACGGAGAAGGCACCCGCCAACAAACCGACGUCGGUGACGGAGAAGACGCCCGUCAACAAUUCGACACCAGUAGCGGGUAAGACGACGCCCGUCAACAACAAACUGCCGUCAGUAGCGGGUAAGAUGACGCCCGUUAACAACAUGCCGUCGCAGAACACCAAAGCGCCCACCCAGCAGGUGGCCGACGAAGAGAAAAACAAAGUGGAAACGGCAAAAGCUAUUUUGCAGCUUAGCAUGGGCGUAAAGCACUACAGCCGCAGCAACACCCCGACAGACUCCACCCUUCAUAAUCGCAUAGACAAGAUAGUUAAGGACCUCCAGGACGACGAGUCGAACGACGGCACCCUGGUCAUCAAGAGCGAGCCGCCGAGUCCCACGGGGUCCCAGGGCAGCCCGAGGAACUCACCCGUCCCCCGCGACGCCACUGUGACUCCGACGACGGCGCCUUCGGCGUCCAAUGCAGAGGUCUGCGCUCCCCUGCCGCCGUCCCUGCCAAGGGUCAAUGGUCUCACCAUCACGCCCAUCGAGCCCACCAAGAGGAAGGCAGCCAGCUCGCCCACCAUCGACAUGAAGAAGCCCAAGCUUGACAACAAGCGGCCCUCCGACUCGCCCCUAGCUGGUGCCGCGCCAGCCAAACAGGCCAAGGUGGACAAGAUCGCCGAAUCCAUCAAGCAGAAGCAGGAGAUGCUGCUCCGCCAGCAGGACAAGCGGCCGUCGACGCCUCAGGGGUCGUCCCCGGGACCACAGAGGUCGUCUCCCGGCCCCAUGGCCAACCUGCCGCCGGGUCUGACCAUCCACCCUCAAACCCCGGCCGUGCCCAAGCCGCUGGCGCAGGUGAGGCCCGUGGGCCAGCAGCAGGCGCAGCAGGCCGCCAAGCACCAACCGCAGGGCAAGGGGCCGCUCCUGCUGCCCAAGCCGAUGCCCACGACGUACAAGCCACAGAAUCAGCAAGUCAAGCUCGGACUGCAGCAUCAGCAGUCCAAGCUGCAGGGCCAGCAACCCAAGCAAGCAGUGCAGCAAGGCCAGCAGGCCAAACCUGCGCAGCAGCACCAGCAGGCGCAGCACGGCCAGCAGGCCAAACCCACCACCGUGGGGCAGCCCAGCAGCCCCAGCCAGGGUCAGCAGGUCAAACAGUCCCCGCAGAGCUAUCAAGCCAAGACCACUCAGCAGGGCCAGCAAGCCAGAACGCCCCUGCAGGUCCAGCCUCCCAGAGCCUCGCCGCAAGGCCAGCAAACGAAACCAUCCGCGCAGGGCCAGCAAUCCCAGGUCCCGCCCUCCAAGCCAUCUCCGCAAGGCCAGCAGGCUCCGCCUGCAAAGCCUCCGACACCGCGGCCGCAACAGCAGUCGCAGCAGCAAGCCCAGCAGCAGACCAAGCCCGCUAGCCCGCAAGUGGUCCAGCCCCCCAAGGCGUCUCCCGUUCAACAGUCCAAACCCGCAGCGCAGCAAACGCAGCCCCCCAAACAGUCACCCACCGGGCAGCCCGUCAAGAAGGCGCCCAGCCCAGAGUCACCCGUCAAGAACAAGAAGCCCAUCCCGGACCUGCAAAGGCUCCAGAGGCCGCCCGCGUCUAUGGCAGGCACCACCGUCAACGGCAGCCUGUCGCUGGCCGAGGUCAAGGAGCACCUGGCCAAGAAGGGCCAGUACAGCCCGCCGGCGCCGAACAAGACGCCGCCGCGGCUCAUCGAGAUCACGCAGCCACCGCCGCCGCCGCCGCAACAGCAGCGGAAGUCGGCCCCCGGCAGCUCCUUCGGCGCCCUAGACCUCACGUCCGCGUCGCCGCGGGCCUCCGACCACGGCGGCAGCUGGACGCCUCCCCCGGGCUUCAUGACGCAGACCCUGGCGCAGACCCUGGCCAAGAGGCAGCAGCUCAUGUCGCAGCUGAGGCCGCCGCCCUCGUCGCUGUCGUCGUCCUCGCCCUCCCCGCCUGCGGACGGGCCCGCCAGCCCCGACAUGUACCUGGACCCUGGCGUGCUCGCCCAGCAACAGGCCCUGAUCCAGCACCUGCACCUCACAAGCCUGCUCCAGGCCCAGGCGGCCGGGCUGCAGGCCAACCUGCACCAGGCGGGGCUCUCAGCUGGCCUCAAGAAGGCCAUCGAAGACUGGACCGCGUCCGACAGGAUCGGCGUCAAGGCAACCGCCAAGCGGAAGUGAACAUGUGAUAUAAGACGUUUUAGUGGAAACGAUUUGCCUGUGAUAAUCUCCCUUAUUUUACUAUUCUAGUUGUUCCGAGUGUUAAUGUUAUUUACAUGUAAAUCGCCGUACUGAACGUUCGUACUGAACGAAUCUGAACGAAUAUAGUUAGUCCCCAGACGGCAGAACUGAGAGCGUGCCUUUCACUAAUCGCAGCACAAAAGCGCCACCACGGUCGUUUUUACAAACAGCGGAUUGCGGGGACGCGCUGGCGGAUCAAAGCUCUUAGCCGCGCUUCCCCUCUGUGCACGCGUGAUUGCACUAGUCAGUACCAAAAGCACCCUCGCAGCUGUAGUUUUACGUGACCCGGCCGUUGGCCUGGCGUUCAAAGUUAAUCAAGUACUGUACGACUGAACCCGAUGACUGAUACAGUGUGUCAUAAUAGUGUUAUCGUGCAUCUGAUGCACGCCUAGCCCAGCGCAUCGCGCAGCUUGUGUUACUGCCCUCUAUGGAGGGAGAGAAUGUAGUUAGUCCCGAUCUCUGCCCUCCAUUUAUGAACUUUAAAUUAAAAGCCUGAAUAUGAUUGCUUCUUGUAUGUGUAAGAUAUCCUUUUACUUUUUCUAAAAAAGUAAGAACUAAGCAUUAAGUGGAAUAUGCUUGUUAUCUGUGACAAUAAGUUAUUCAUUUGUAAACUAUAGAUGUACAUAUCAUGUGUGAAGGCUGACUUGUAUAUAUGACACUUGUUGAUGGCGCUUAUUAAAAUUACAUUUUCCUCGUA